AUGCGAAGCACAGCACCGACAGAUCAUCAUGCCAGCGUCCUGUGCCGCAGACGCCGUCCCUCCUAUCAUGGAGUUUCAUUUCGAUACACCCCGUACGCGGCCAGCAAUGUUCACGCUCGCCGUGAGAGCUCGACGGGCUUCGGGCUGACGGCUGGCUCAGACAUCUCGCCUACCGAAUCGCUCUUGACCAACAUCAGUCGCAUAUGUGACGAGCUGUGGGCGCAGGCGCAGAGGGACAGGUUCCAUGUUCCCGGAACCGAGCGAGCGGCCGUUGAAAACAUGGCGCAUCUUCUUGAGUGGGCAGAGACGAUUGUAUGGAACCUCCCCACCGAAGACGAAUAUGAAGACGAUGGCUUGGUAGAGUUUCACGCGCGAGAGGUUACUGCGGGAAAGAACUUGUGCCUUUGGCUGGGCGAUACGGAGAGGUGGGAGAUGAUUGUGGCAUUGGAGCUUGAGGUACCACUCGGCAACGCACAUUGA